ACGACAUACACAUGCACAUAUAAGGCAGACCUUGCUGCUUCAUCCACACACAUAAAAAGACAGAUACUUCCCAUUCAACUCUUGGAUCCAUACAGCGCAUCACAUCUUAAAAAUGGCUGACAAACCCAACAUGACAGAAAUUACAACCUUUGAUAAAACUAAACUCAGGAAGACAGACACCAAAGAAAAGAACCCUUUGCCAACUAAAGAAACUAUUGAACAGGAGAGGCAAGGAGAAUCCAUGCCAUAAAUGUUGUUUGUAACUGCACAGUUACACAAAGAAGAGAUUGACAAGAAGGGCUGAUCUGAAUGGCUCACAUCAACAGAGGACAGACUUUGGCCACAAAGAACUGAUGCAGAUAUAUAUAGAUAUUUGUAUUAAUUAGAGGAUCAACGAUUGUUAAUUGGAUCGAGAACUGUAAUAAACAUUGGCUUACAGAUGACGAGGUGGCCGAGUGGUUAAGGCGAUGGACUGCUAAUCCAUUGUGCUUUGCACGCGUGGGUUCGAAUCCCAUCCUCGU